GGCGGGGCAGGGAGUUAGUUGCCGCCUCUGGGUAACUGGACUCAGGCGGCCAAACCUCCGGAGGCCGGGGGCGGCAAGCGGGCCCGUAGCAGAUCCCGGAUCCGGAAUUUCCCGGGCAGGACCGGAAUCGGGAUCAGCCCUGCCCCAAACCGGGUCUGUGAGGAACUCGUGAACUUGGAUUAGGAAAUCCCGGAACUCGGAUCAACAAACCGCAGAACCCGGAAUUUAGAUCGGAAAGUCCCGGAGCACGGAUCUCGGAGCGGACUCGGCGCGGAGCCCGGAGUCCGGAUCGCGACACCGCCGGACGGGACGGAGCGAUGUCGGGCCGUGGCGCGGGCGGGUUCCCGCUGCCCCCGCUGAGCCCUGGCGGCGGCGCGGUUGCCGCGGCCCUGGGAGCGCCGCCUCCGCCAGCGGGACCCGGCAUGCUGCCCGGACCGGCGCUCAGGGGGCCAGGGCCGGCUGGAGGCGUAGGGGGCCCCGGAGCCGCCGCCUUCCGCCCCAUGGGCCCCGCGGGCCCCGCGGCGCAGUACCAGCGGCCUGGCAUGUCACCAGGGAGCCGGAUGCCCAUGGCUGGCUUACAGGUGGGACCCCCUGCUGGCUCUCCAUUUGGCACAGCUGCUCCACUUCGACCCGGCAUGCCACCCACCAUGAUGGACCCAUUCCGAAAACGCCUACUUGUGCCCCAGGCCCAGCCUCCGAUGCCCACCCAGCGCCGGGGGUUAAAGAGGAGGAAGAUGGCAGAUAAGGUUCUACCUCAGCGAAUUCGGGAGCUUGUCCCAGAGUCUCAGGCAUACAUGGAUCUCUUGGCUUUUGAGCGGAAGCUGGACCAGACCAUCGCUCGCAAGCGGAUGGAGAUCCAAGAGGCCAUCAAAAAGCCUCUGACGCAAAAACGAAAGCUGCGGAUCUAUAUUUCCAAUACGUUCAGUCCCAGCAAGGCAGAAGGUGAUAAUGCAGGAACCACAGGGACCCCCGGGGGAACCCCAGCAGGGGACAAGGUGGCUUCCUGGGAACUCCGAGUGGAGGGAAAACUGCUGGAUGAUCCUAGCAAACAGAAGAGGAAGUUUUCUUCAUUCUUUAAGAGCCUCGUCAUAGAGCUGGACAAGGAACUGUAUGGGCCUGACAACCACCUGGUGGAGUGGCACCGGAUGCCCACCACCCAGGAGACAGAUGGCUUCCAGGUGAAACGGCCUGGAGACCUCAACGUCAAGUGCACCCUCCUGCUCAUGCUAGAUCAUCAGCCUCCCCAGUACAAGUUGGACCCCCGAUUGGCAAGGCUGCUGGGGGUGCACACACAGACGAGGGCCGCCAUCAUGCAGGCCCUGUGGCUUUAUAUCAAACACAACCAGCUGCAGGACGGGCACGAGCGCGAGUACAUCAACUGCAACCGGUACUUCCGCCAGAUCUUCAGUUGUGGCAGACUCCGUUUCUCUGAGAUUCCCAUGAAGCUGGCUGGGUUGCUGCAGCAUCCAGACCCCAUUGUCAUCAACCAUGUCAUUAGUGUGGACCCUAAUGACCAGAAGAAGACAGCCUGUUAUGACAUUGAUGUGGAGGUGGAUGACCCACUCAAGGCCCAAAUGAGCAAUUUUCUGGCCUCUACCACCAAUCAGCAGGAGAUUGCCUCCCUUGAUGUCAAGAUCCAUGAGACCAUUGAGUCCAUCAACCAGCUGAAGACCCAGAGGGAUUUCAUGCUCAGCUUUAGCACUGACCCCCAGGACUUCAUCCAGGAAUGGCUCCGUUCCCAACGCCGAGACCUCAAGAUCAUCACUGAUGUGAUUGGGAAUCCUGAGGAGGAGAGACGAGCUGCUUUCUACCACCAGCCCUGGGCCCAGGAAGCAGUGGGGAGGCACAUCUUUGCCAAGGUGCAGCAGCGAAGGCAGGAACUGGAACAGGUGCUGGGAAUUCGCCUGACCUAACUGCUCAGGGAUGCCUUCCUUUUUUCCCAGCCUUGGAGCCAUCCCGUCCUCAGCCUGGAAGGGGACCACCCUCUGGGCGGCAGACAUGUAGAAUAAGGAUGGGGUGAGGGGUGUCUCCUGUCACCCUCUGCUCCCCAGCUUUAGUUUCGUAAAUGUAGUGAUAGGAUUCCUUGUUGCUUGGUCCCCAAAGCCUUAUUACUUUACACAUUGGCUUUAAUUGGGUUCACAACAGAUGCCUCCUCUGCCCCUGCAGGCAGGCCCAAGUAGGAUUGCUGGUGACUGUGCUUUGACAUAGUAACGGAGACGUUUCAGAACCAAAGGCCGCUGGCUUUGCUUGUUUACAGACUCCCUGUUGGGGCGAGUGUCAGAGCUGGCUCUGGGGAGCUGGGCAAGGAAGAGGGGCACAGCUCACCCUCUUCCUAGCCUUUCUAAACCAAAGUUCUUUGCCAUUCCUACCAGCCCAGCCUUGCUGCUGGUUUUUUCCUUUCCUUUGGGUAUUUGCACUAUUUGGGGAGCAGGUUUUUCUAUGCGGGAGCCACUUUUUUUGUACAGGGGUAAGUUGGGGUUUUUCAGGGAGCCCGGUUUGGUGCCUCCUUCCUUACUUUCUUUUCUCAAUCUAUGCAAGCGGCUCUGGCCGCCAUCAUCUCCUGGGAUGCCAGAGGGCUGCCACCCCAGCUGUUGGGCCCAGGGUGGUAAAGCCUCCUUGAGGGAGGGGACUCCAGUUCUCUGGCAUGGCCUGAGGUAUGGGCGUACUUGGUGGAGGGCAGGGGAAGUAGGGAGGACUGUUGUUGCUCUUUGGAGAUUGGUAAGGGGGAGGGCCCAGGGCUUGGCAAGUGCCACUUUUGGCAGGUUUGGAAAUUUCCAAAUAAAUCCUUGUUUAUUGAUGAUCUCCA